GUCAGUCAUGGGUCGCCCUGCGAGUCAGAUGUGGACAUGGAUCCUUUGUGUCCUUUGGUGUGGGAUAUCUGUUGCUCAACCAGCUACAGUACCACAUUACAUGGUGACCAUACCUGCAGUUCUUGAGGCUGGAGCUGAGACUAAAUUCUGUGUGAACCUCUUGGAGCCCAAUGAAAUGUUGGCCAUGACUGUCACUUUGAGGUCCCAAGACAAGAACACAACUCUGUAUGAGAAGACCUCCAGCACAGAGUUUCAUGACUGCAUUCAGUUUCAGGUUCCUUUAGUAACAAAUGAAGAGGUGCAGACAUUUGAGGUGGAGGUACGAGGAAACACAUUUCACUCAAAAGAAGCCAGAAAAGUCAUGAUCAAAGCCUAUCAACCAAAAACUUUUAUCCAAACGGAUAAACCCAUCUACCUCCCUGGACAGACGGUGCAUUUCAGAGUUGUCACAUUGGACUCCAAGUUAAGACUUGCCAAUGAGCUGUAUAACAUCAUUGAAAUGAAGGAUCCCUUUGACAACAGGAUUGGACAGUGGCUCAAUGAAACGUCCAAUAGCAAAAUACUACAGCUUUCUUAUUCCCUGAACUCUGAGGCUCGUGAAGGAACUUACGAAAUUAUUGUCUCAGUAGGUGAAAGAAAAACACAUCACAGCUUCAAGGUGGAAAAGUAUGUUUUGCCCAAAUUUGCCAUAACAUUAAAUGUAAAAGAUGACGUAAGUAUUGGGUCAGAAGAAUUUGAUGUUGAAGUAUGUGCAAAGUACACAUAUGGACAGCCUGUGCCAGGACUUGUUAUUGUUCAGGUGUCCCGACCUAUUGUACACUACUUUUUUGGAGUACAACCUAGAACUCCAGAAGAACUCGAGAUAACUGAGCCAAGAAACACAAAAACAAAAGAGACAGAUAAAACAGGAUGUGCUACAUUUGAAUUCAAGAUAUCAACUUUCACCAAAAUUGACAAAAAGGUAUUGGAGGAUCGAUUUGACAUCAGUGCCAUGGUGGAAGAGGAGGGAACAGGUGUUUCACAUUCACAAAGGAAUAACAUAAGGAUAUCAUAUGUUAUUGGAAAUAUCACCUUUGUUGACACUCCCAAGAUUUAUGAACAAGGAAAAAAUAUAGAAGGAAAGGUUAAAGCAGUGCAUUACAAUGGCACAUCCAUUGGUAACAUGCAGCUCUACCUGUUUACGGGUGAAAGGUGGUCUGCACAAUUGGUGCAGAAUCUCACAACUGACAUAAAUGGUGUUGCCACCUUUUCUCUUAGCACAGACACGUUUAGUGGAGAUGUGAAACUCUAUGUAAGCAACUCACCAACUCUGGAGUAUCCUGGAUAUAGAACUGCUUACUAUGAUAUAGGAGCUCACACUGUGUCCAUUUCCCAACCUGCUUCUCAUGACACCAAAACAGUCAGCUCACUGGAGUUAAAGAGGGAUACAACACUUUCUUGUGAUAAAGAAGAGGAGAUUAGUGUUCUGUACACUUUUGUGCAUGAACCCAAGGGUUCUGUAGAUAUUGUGUAUCUGGUUUUAUCUAGAGGAGCAAUUGUCAUCCAGGGACGAAAACAGGUACAAUUGGAAGAUAAAGCAGUAAAUGAUGGUAUGGUGUCCUUUAAGCUGACAAUGUCUACAGACAUGGCGCCAGAGAUCCAGGUUGUGGCUUACGCCGUCCUCUCCAGCAAAGAUGUGAUUGCUCAUAGUGCUGACUUUCCCACUGAGAAAUGCUUUAGUAAUAAGGUGUCACUGGAGUUUUCUACAUCUUCUGCUGUGCCAGGAGAGGAGACCAAAAUGCAUCUGUCUGCUCAGCCAGAUUCUUUGUGUGGUGUCAGUGCCGUCGAUCAGAGUGUCCUCGUCAAAGAGCCGGGAAAGACUCUGAAUGCUGAUAAGAUUUUCAACUUGCUGCCUGUCAGAAAAGUAACAUAUACCCCUUAUCAAAUUCAAGACUCCACACCAUGUUUACAUAUGAGGCCAAAGAGAUAUGUUCUGCCUUAUCCUGGUGAAGAUCAGAAAGAUGCCCAUAAAAUUUUCCAGGAUGUAGGGCUGAAGGUGGCAACAAACUUGCAAAUAAAAGUGCCCUCCUGCCUCAGAUUUAAGGGAAGAGAAUAUCAUUUAGGUUACAGUGGGUUUGGUGUUCAGUAUUCAAGAGUGAAUGCAAUGGCUGCGCCAGACAGAAUAGCUAUGAGCGGGCCUCCAGGGCUUGGAGGAUCCCUCGCUCCCAGCGCUGAACCAAUCGAGACAGUCCGCACUUUCUUCCCAGAGACUUGGAUAUGGGACCUGGUGGAAACUGGAGAAACUGGAUCAAAGGAUGUCUCUGUGACUGUCCCUGACACCAUCACCACCUGGGAGACGGAGACGUACUGUUUGUCCUCUCAUGGUUUUGGUUUAGCUCCUCGUCAAAAGCUCACCGUCUUCCAGCCCUUCUUCCUGGAGCUCACCCUGCCAUACUCCAUCAUCCGAGGGGAAAACUUUGAACUGAAGGCAACCGUCUUCAACUACCUGACCAGCUGCAUUAUGCUCAAAGUGACUGCAGACCCCUCCUCAGAUUUCACCCUCACCCCCCUCUCUGGUGACCAGUACACAUCCUGUCUGUGUGGCAGUGAACGUAAGACUCUCAGCUGGACCAUGACUCCCACUACCUUAGGGCUUGUGAAUGUGACUGUGACUGCUGAGGCCAUUACAUCUCACAUUUCUUGUGACAAUGAGAUUGCGAGCGUUCCAGAAAGAGGUCGCAUUGACGUUGUGACACGGCCUCUCAUCGUCAAGGCUGAAGGAAUUGAAGUAACAAAGACACACAACUGGCUCCUCUGCCCCAAAGGAAACACUUUGGCAGAGGAAACAGAGAUGCACCUUCCUGAAAAUGUGAUUAGUGGAUCUGCCCGUGCAACCGUAUCAGUCCUGGGCGACAUUCUUGGCCGUGCCCUGAAAAACCUGGAUGGACUGCUGCAGAUGCCGUACGGUUGUGGAGAGCAGAACAUGGCUCUACUGGCCCCCAACAUCUACAUUCUUGAAUAUCUACAAAGUACACAACAACUGACUCCAGCCAUUAAAGAAAAGGCAUCCAACUUCUUAACCAGUGGCUACCAGAGACAGCUGAACUACAAAGACAAUUUUGGUGCAUACAGCACAUUUGGAUCAGGACCAGGAAACACAUGGCUCACUGCCUUUGUGAUGAUAACUUUUUUCAAAGCUCAGGCUUUCAUUUAUAUUGAGCCAAGGAUCAUUGAGGAUUGUAGGAGUUGGCUGGAGCGCCAACAGCUUAAAAAUGGUUGUUUCAAAUUGUCAGGAAAACUCUUCAAUGACAAACUAAGGGGUGGGGUGUCUGAUGAAGUGACACUUACUGCUUACGUCACUGCUGCCUUGUUGGAAAUGAAAAUACCUGCAGAUAAUCAUGUGGUGAAGAAGAGUCUAAGCUGCCUGAAGGAAUCUGUCAAUGACUUCAGCAACACCUACACUGUAGCUCUGCUGGCGUACGUCUUCUCACUGGCAGGAGAUGUAGACACACGGGCGGAAUUUCUAGACCACCUUGACUCGGUCACAAGAAAAGAAGGGGAUCUCUGCUACUGGUGUCCACCAUCAGAAAAAUCAUCACCUCGGUGUGUGGAGACGACCUCAUAUGUGCUGCUGGCCAGACUCAGUUCUUCUUUCGCUACCAUUGACAUGAAAAGUACCACAAGCGCCGUUAGGUGGCUUAGUGGACAACAGAACUAUUAUGGAGGCUUUUUCUCCACUCAGGACACUGCGGUGGCUCUUAAAGCUCUGGCUCUGUAUGCUACACUGAUAUUCAGUCCAGAGGGUUCAGGCUUGGUUACAGUUUCCUCUCCCAGUGAGAACCUGGUAUUUCAUGUCAAUUCAGAGAACAAACAUGUUUACCAAGAACGGAUGCUGCAGAACUUAAAAGGAAAGUACUUGAUAAAGUCAGAAAGCCAUGCAUGUACUUCAGUACAGGUUUCUCUUCACUACAACAUCCCAGCUGAAAGUGUAAAAAGCCCUUUCAGUGUGGAAGCAGAGGUAGUGUUCCAUAAGCAUUGUGACAGAGGCCUGGUCACGCUGAAGCUGAAGUCCUCACACAAUGGAGACAGUAGCUGUACAAACAUGGUGGUCAUAGAUAUUACAAUACCUUCUGGAUUUUGUCCUGUCCCAGAGUCGUUGUCGAAUCUCAAACAUGGUGUGCUGGUGAAAAAUGUUGAAUACAAGGAUGGUCAUGUUAUUUUAUAUUUAUGGGAGGUGACCAGGGUGUGA